GAAAUAAUUAAACAGGCGAACUCACUUGUGAUUGGCUGACCAAGAGAAAGCGUCGCUCCAGCCAAUCGCCGUCGCGCUUACUCGCCGAUGCGGUAGUACCAACAUGGCAGCUUUCUGAGUUUUGGAGGAGGAGAGCUGGUGUAAAUACAGAGAAUUUAAGCGUUUCUGAGACGAGGACAGGGUCAGGGAGCCUGAGCUCGAGACUUAUUGGAUUGUCGGCGGAAAAUGUCGAGCGACGGGAACAAGAAACAGUUCUGGAAAAGAAACGCAGCCAAGGUUCCUGGCAGUAUUCAGCAUGUUUACGGCGCACAGCAUCCACCUUUUGACCCGCUUCUUCAUGCCAAUCUAAUCAAAGCAGGAAACAAACCCCCUCCGGCCACGCCAGGCAAGCCAAAGAAAGCCACCACCUUCCAGGAGUUCGAGAGCAUCACCAGCGACGCCUGGGAUGUCGGCGACGAUGACGACGAGCUGCUGGCCAUGGCUGCACAGAACCUUAACAUUGAGGUUGUCAUGGAGACGGCGAAUAAGGUGAUUGAGAAUCACAGCAAGCAGCAGGAGAGACGGAGGCAAGACGACACGACAGAGCCGGGUCAGGGAGAGGAAGACGCACAGGAGGAGGUGGCGGCGGAGGAGGUGGAGGAGGAAGAGGAAGAUGAGUAUCUCAGAGUGGAGGAAGUGGAGGCAAUCAGCCCAGAUGCAUCAUUUGCCUCUCAGGGCAGCCCUUACGCUGAUAGCCGUCUGGUGAAAUCCCACAGUGAAGCUCCAAUUGGGUCACCUAGAGAUGCGGCGGGCGAGCGCGCCGGCCUCCACAAACAGAGGUCUCUGCCCCAUCGGCCGCCCGUCAUCCCAUUAGUGGCUCGCAUGGCUGACCAGAACACAUCUGGCACCCCGGCCAUGACCGAGAGGGAAGCAUCCCGCCUGGAUAAGUUCAAGCAGUUGCUGGCGGGGCCCAACACAGAUCUGGAGGAGCUGCGGAAGCUCAGCUGGUCUGGAAUCCCGCGACAAGUUCGACCGAUAGCCUGGAAGCUUCUUUCUGGUUAUCUGCCUGCCAACGCAGAGAGGCGAGAAAGCGUUCUACAGAGGAAGAGACAAGAAUAUUUUGGCUUCAUCCAGCAAUACUACGACUCGCGCAAUGAUGAGCACCAUCAAGACACAUACAGACAGAUCCAUAUAGACAUUCCUAGGAUGAAUCCUGAAAAUUUGGUGCUGCAGCCAAAGGUGACAGAGAUAUUUGAGCGGAUUCUGUUCAUCUGGGCCAUCCGGCAUCCGGCCAGCGGCUACGUGCAGGGCAUCAACGACCUGGUCACGCCGUUCUUCGUCGUCUUCGUCUUCGAGUACAUCGAGGAGGAAGUGGAAAACUUUGACGUGUCCAGUCUCCAGGAAGAGGCUCUGAGGAACAUUGAGGCUGACAGCUUCUGGUGCAUGAGCAAACUGCUCGACGGCAUCCAGGACAACUAUACAUUUGCUCAGCCAGGCAUUCAGAGGAAAGUCAAGGCCCUUGAGGAGCUGGUCAGCAGGAUUGAUGAGUCUGUGCACCGCCACAUGCAGCAGUACGAGGUGGAGUACCUGCAGUUCGCCUUCCGCUGGAUGAACAACCUCCUGAUGAGGGAGCUGCCGCUGCGGUGCACAAUCAGACUGUGGGACACGUAUCAGGCUGAACCUGAAGGCUUCUCUCACUUCCACCUGUACGUCUGUGCUGCCUUCCUGGUGAGGUGGAGGAAAGAGAUUCUGGAGGAGCGGGAUUUUCAGGGCCUGAUGAUCCUGCUGCAGAACCUCCCCACGAUGCACUGGGGCAACGAGGAAGUGAGCGUGCUGCUGGCCGAAGCCUACAGGUUGAAGUUCGCCUUCGCCGACGCGCCCAACCACUACAAAAGAUGAUGAGAGCGUCUCCACCUCCUCGUCCUCUUCCUCAUCCUUCGCCGCCUGCUGGACUCACAGGCUCCUCCCAUUUUCCUAACCACACCCCCCUCUUUUUAUUUUAUUUUUUAUUUCUUUUGCCCAUAUUUCCAGUGGGCCUUUCCGCUACUAAGAGAUUCGAAUCAAACAGUGACUUGAUGGUGUAGCAUUUUGACACGAUGAUCCGGAGCCUUUUCUUUUUAAAUUAUCUCUAUGACCGGCACUGAAACGUGCGCUCAUUCUCAGUCUGAUGCAGAAACAGAUCAUUAAUACUGAUGAUUGCAAGUUUGUUGUUUUCCUUUUUGUCGUUGAACAACCACACAGCUUGAUGCAGGAUCAUGAACAGUUCCCCCACACCGCCUGGGGUUAAAAUCUGCAUCAUUUUACACUACCAUAGCAAUACUUAGUUUAUUUUGCUCCCCUUGGCAAAAUAAAACCCUUUAUUUAGUGUAUAAGUAUGAAGAAAGACAGCAGAAGGACACUUUUUUUUCUUCUUUUUAUUAAUAGAGGAUUUACAAAUCUUGAAGGCGUCUGCAGGUUUUUUUUUUUGCGACAUGAGGGGGAAACUGAUUCAGUCGGUUUCCCAGGUUCCGACGGCACAGAUCGGGUUCCGAGAAUCCAGCACUCAGCAAAUUGCUCUCCCUUUUAUCCUCCCCUCCGCGCUUCCUCCCCCUCAUCCUCUCACACUCCCCGUACAUUAGAGUGGAAGGUAAAAACGGCGUCCGGAGGAGCUCACCCCACGUUCAAAAUGAUAACACGGUCAGGAUGGAGAGGGGCCGACUUUGUCUUAGGUCGCCUGUUCACAAAGGGCUACGUCUCGCCAUCAGCUCGCUACCUCAGAUCUCUCUAAAUUUGUCAUUUCAGAGCGACGGGGGACAAAAUGUGUUUUGGAUUUUUCUCGUUUUUCAGUUCCACUAAGAUGUCUUCCUAAUUUACUAGGGUGAAAUCCUGCUAAUUCUAGAAUAAAGCGUCUGAACUGAGGUUAGCAUAAACAGUUUAUCCAUCUAAAGGCCUCAAAAUCUGUGAUGUAGUUAAAAAUGGGAGCCCAGGCGUCCGUCUUUAGCCAUGGCUUUUUAAAGCAGAAGAAACGUUAGAUAAUUGCUCCUAUUUUGUACUGGAGCUGGAGUGUAAAUAUUUUUGGAUCAAAUCAGGAAUAUUUGCUAUGAUGGAAUGUAACUGAAAAUAGUCGAGUCCUGAGUUCAGAUCUGUCAUUUGCAGUCUGUCUGUUCAUAUCAUGUAAAAUAUACAUAGUCCUCAAGAUGGAAAUCCGCAGAGUUUUCAGUUCUUCUAAUCCAAGUUUUAAAAAUAUCGAUAGAGUUGUUUGCUAUAAAUUUAUGGCAGAAAUGUCGAUAGAGGUCAGUAAGGGAGGGGACUAUGGCCACUGGAGAAAAAAAAUAUAUAUGUACUUUUUUUUAAAUCAGAAUUCAUUUUCCUUACACUCAGAAUUGUGACAUUUUUCUCAAAAAUUUCACUUUUUUUCUCAAAAUAAUAGAAAAUAUUAAUAUAAUAAUUCAAUUCUCUCCUCAGAAUCCUGACUUUUAUCAGAAGAUCAAAAUCAGGAUUCUAAGUUCAAAUUCAGAGUUUUUGUUUAAACUCAGAAUUUGGAGCAAAAAUAUCAGAUUUUUUAUUUUUAUUUUUUUUGUUCAGUGCCCCUGAUCUUCUUCCAUAGAUCAGACUUCAAAUCUAAACAUGGCAGGAAAUAAAUAAAUAUGGCAAGAAAGAAAGGACAAAACUAACAUGGCUGGAUGAUCUAGUAGAUAUUCUUUGGAUAGGGAAAAAAAAAACGGUUUGUUGGAUGCUGGAAUUGGUGCGACGGACGGAUAAACGGAUGAACUUCCUGGCAGUUGGUGUGAUAACAAAACUGACACACCUUUCCGCUCCAUCUUUCACAUGUAGACGUACACACUUAUGAGACAAUCUCUUUCCAGUCCAGCAGAAUGCCUAAAUCAAGAAGAGAAUAUUUCUUUUCUGCUAAUUUCCCGUUGUCACGGCGAGGGGGCUCGUCGUCGUAAUUCUUCGCAGGGAUGCGGCGGCGGCGGCGGCGGUCUGAUAAUCAAGACACUGGAUGACAUAACUCAAAAAGCGGUUAACAUCCGCAGCCUCCUGCAGCGCCUCCGCCAGGAUCCAUUAUUGUCACCGUGCGCCGGCAGAGACGGCGAGCGUAGGUGUGUGUGAAGGGGAGAUGGGGCGAGAGAGAGAGAGAGAGGGAGGGUGUUGUGUUCCUUUGGAAGUUUCAGCGCUUUUUCUCUGAGAGCUGUCAGUCUUUGAUCACACACUGGGAUUUUUUUUUUUUUUUUUCUUUUCACAAGCCCCUUAUCUCCUGUGCUGUGUGACAAGAAAAACUGCACUUAAUUUAAAAAGUCCACAGCUCCUUCCUCCCGUCCUCUCUCCUUCUGCUUUCUCUCUUUGUGAUGUAUAUCCACUUCUUUCAAUCAGCAUUUAAAGGGAAAAAAAAUAAAAUCAUCCACGACAGUUAAUUUUUUUAUUUUCUUUCUUUCUUUUUUUUUUUUUAUAGCUACUAAUGUUUACGUUAAGUUGUGCCUGACUCUAAGCCAUCCGGAUUAACGCAAAUGUACCCCGGAGGUUUACAGUUUCCCGUUUUUCUUUUUUCUAUACAUUGUUUGACCGUAAAACCAUCAACCUGAGCUGCUUCAUUCUUCCCUGGGCAUUUAUUGACGCACUAUUACUACAAGUGUGGCAUUUGUUUACUGAACCUGCCCCUGUUCCUCUGCAGGCCCGUCAAGCCUUGAUGCUGGAACUUGUGCGCAUGAGCAGGGCCGAGGCGUUCACUCGGCAUUUGAGGAGCUAAAAAGGCGCAGCAGUGUUGCCGUCUCCCAAAAAAACCCCACCAAGGUACACAAGUCAGUGAGAGUAUUUUCCUCGAUUCUUUGAGAAUAUCUGUGUUUAAUAUCUUUUUAGGAGACUUUAUUACUCUGCUGAAAAGUCGAAGCGUUUUUCUUUUCGUAAAGUUUUCAUAAACUCCUAUUGGUGGAGUUUGAGAGCUUUGACAAACAGUCUUUAACACCUUCCUCCAUAUGUUGUUGUUACCAGUGGUAAAGAUGCGUGAAAGGCCUUUGAAAUGCAGCAUACAAAGUCAACACAGUUAAUAAGAAUCAUUAUAAAAUGACUCUUUAAUGUUAAGAAGCGUUUCAGAAAUACCCCAAAACAAAAAUGUUUUUCCUCAUUUGACAGAAAAGGCCAUUUAUUUUCAUCAAUUCUUCAAAAUAGGAAAGGCAGGAACACAUUCCGUUUGAGUAAAGAAUAAAGUUUUGAUAUUUAUAAGUCCAGAAACAACAGCAAAAACAAAUCACACUAAUCCAGAUAUACUUAUACAUCAAGUCAGAGCAAUUAUUAAAACAUUGACGCUGCUGAUUUUCCACAUCCAGUCUCCAUGACAACAUUGUUUUUUUGGUCCCAGCAUCACAAAUGUAAACUACGGUUUAGUGAAUGUGGAGCAUAAAAAAUGUAAUGAAUUUGAUGAAUCAUCCGUUUCUCUUCCAGAGUCCCUGGAAAUCCCGUCAGAGAGCGCGGCAUCAUGAACUCCUCGAUUCUAUUUUAAUUUAAUUCUUCAAAAAAAAAUAAAAAAUACCCUGACACUUAAAAAGAAAAAUAGCUUCCCCAGACUCAAAAAGGUCUUUUUUACACUUUUACCUGAGGUAACAAUAAAUGUGUCAAAAUUACAGACUCAUUUCAUGUAAAACCCUCUUCUAGAGGCGUAUUAUUUCUACUGAUGGAAAUAAUACAUUAAGGCUCGUAGAAACCCGCAGGUCAUCUCGGCUCCCUGUAAGAUUUGUUGCACACGUUGGAGUCGCCGCUGCUUUUAGCUCGACAGGCGAAGCGGCAUUAACUAACAGGCGGGGCAGGGAUUUGCAAAUUGUACGUUUUUGUCCACAAAGUUCUGCUUUUGUUCGUCUUAAGUUGCCUUAAUGCACAGAUUUGUGUUGAUAUGAAAAGCGUCGAGGGGAGUUGGUCGUCUUCAGUGCGUGUGUGUGCGAGCCGCGGGCGAAUUAAAGCUUCCCCUUCUCUGUUUUUUUGUUUUUUUUCCCUCCUUCCCUCAGUCAGUUUUUUUUUUUUUUUUUAAUGCACAGCCGUUUCCUUUCGACACAAAUCGGACGCCUCCACGCACGCGCGACAAUUUAAUAAACAAACUCAAAUCACUUGCUGCUAAUCUCAAAUUAGCCCGCCACCGGUUCCUUUGCGCGUCGCCCCUCGUCUCCAUGGCGAUCGGUGACAUCUGGCUGGGGGCCGACUCUCUUUCUAUUAGCCCACACAGAGAAGACUUGAAACGUUCUCGGGAAGCGUCGUCAGGCAGGUUUCGGGAAAAAUAGCAACACUUCUGCUGCUUUUCUUUCUUUCUUGUUUUUUUUUGUUUUUUUUUCUUCCGGUAGUCUAAACUUGUGAAAACCAAAAUGAAGAAACAAGCCUCCUCUCUCCUGUGUCUUUUGCUCCACAGAGCUGAGAAAGAAAGCUAAUAUUUGCCAGAUCGUGUGAGUGACAGUACUGUUUAUUGAAUUGAAUUUCAAUACAUGUACAGAAACAAAUAUCUGUAAAUAGAAAGUGUAAAUAAAUCCUAUAUAUGGAA